GAAGUAAAACGAAGUCUCACUUCUCCACUACUCUUUUCACGAAACCACUGCGCUAAUUCCUUUCCUCCAACCACACCCACCACCACCCCAAUCAACCAUUUAUAUACCCCCAUUUUGCCUCUUCCCAAUCUACCUCCGAACCAUUCCCAAAUCCUCUCUCUCUCUCUCUGUGUGCAAGUAUGAGGACUAGCUGUAAUGGGUGCAGGGUCCUCCGAAAAGGCUGCACCGACGACUGCAGCCUCAGACCUUGCCUCCAGUGGAUCAAUUCCCCCGAUUCCCAAUCCAACGCCACCCUCUUCCUCGCCAAGUUCUACGGCCGCGCCGGCCUACUCAACCUCCUCAAUGCCGGCCCCAACCACCUCCGCCCUUCGAUAUUUCGAUCACUCCUAUACGAGGCAUGUGGGCGGAUCAUCAACCCCAUAUCCGGGUCAGUCGGGUUAUUGUGCUCCAACAAUUGGGACCGUUGUCAAGAAGCCGUUGAUGCUGUUCUGAAUGGGUCGCCGAUCAUGAAGCUCAAUUUCGACGAUGCUGAUGCUGCGGCGGCUCAGCCUAUCAUGCCUCUCAAGGGCUGCGAUAUACGCCACCUUACCAAGGAUUCGGAUGAUAAUAUCCGCCACCGGAAGACCCCAUUCAAGCGCUCCGGUGGCCGUGGCAAGAGCAGAUUCGAUGAGUCCACAACUGAGCCGGCUCGGUUCUGUGUUGCUAAGUGGGGUGGUAAUCACCCAGAAGAGGAGGUGAAUCGGCACCCAAGUCAUGACUCGUCCAUGUUCUCUGUUGAAACAUUGGAGGCUUCGCUAUUGGUUAACCGGGCUGUGAAAUGCGAGCCUCAGGAGAUCGAGGUUGGAUUGGACCUUUCUCUGGGCUUCAAUCCGGUGUUUCACCCCCAGGUGCCUACUACGGUGGAGGAGCGGAAACUGAUCCAGUUCUUUGAUGGUGGUGGUGACGUGUAAGAUCGAGAGGCGGAUGCGAGACAGAACCCAGUUUUGGCCUUUCAGAUGGUUUUUGUAAUAAUUUCAGUUCAGCUCAGUCCGGUUUUUCUUUUUUCUUUUUAUUUCUUUUUGUUGGUAUUUAAAAAGUUUUCGUAGGUUAUACAUAUGUAAUUAUCUAUAUACAGUAUGCUGUUUUGGACUUCAUUUGA